AUGGCGGAUAUUUUGUCUCACCUCCGCUCUCUUCCUACCAAAGAUGAUCUGCCCACGAAACAGGACUUUGUAGAAUUGGAGAAGAAGAUAAAUGCCACCAUCAAAGUGGAGAUCUCUACACUUAAGGCAGAACUCUCACACAUGUCCAACCUGGUCUCGGAUGCAGAGGACCAUUUAGAGGAACUCGACUCAUCCCACAGACAGCUCAGAGAAUCGAAGGAGAAAGAAUCCCAACGUAGACAGCUACUAGCUCACAUCCAACAGCUCGAGACACACCAUAAGUCUUCGCUAUACGAGGCUGUGUUACGGGAGCUCACUGAAACUAGAACAACGCUUAAUAAGCUUCUCCAAGACAAAACUAAAUGGGUCCUACGGAAAAGCCUCCACAAAUUCUACCAAUGGGAGGAUAAACCUGGCUCUAUGUUGGCUAGAGCACUGAGAGCCCAAAGAUCACAUACAUUUGUUCGCUCAGUAAAGGUCCCUGGUGGGACCACAGUGCAUUCCUUUCCACAGAUUGCGGCAGCGUUUCAAGACUAUUACACUGAUCUUUAUAACUUGAGGAGAACCCAAACUCAGACUACAGUACCUUCACCCUCUGAGGCGGUUAACAGUUAUCUUUCUUCGGUUGCGUUCCCUAGACUUCAAGAUGAAGAUAUAGCUUCUCUCGAACAACCGUUCACCAUGGAAGAAUUGGACUUUUCCCUGUCUUCCACACCUAUCGGGAAAAGCCCGGGUCCAGAUGGAUUUCUGGUGGCAUACUACAAGUCAUUUCGAUCUCACCUCAUGCCCCUUUUUCUGCGAGCCUGCAAUACAAUUUCUAAAGAUACUGCUUUUUCCUCACAUUGUCUUAAGGCUCAUAUCACUGUGAUCCCUAAAGAAGGUAAUGACUCCUCUCAGUGCUCUAGUUACAGGCCGAUCUCCCUGUUAAAUAAUGACAUAAAACUCUACGCAAAAAUGCUUGCUAAUAGGUUGGGCCGUCUUCUCCCAAGUUUGAUACAUGGCGAUCAGGUUGGUUUUAUUCAAGGACGGGAAGCUAAGGACAAUACCACUAAAAUCAUUGAUCUAAUCCACCAUGUAACUAUACACGGUCCCCACACUAUUCUUCUCUCUACAGACGCGAAGAAGGCUUUUGACAGGAUUGACUGGCAGUUCAUGAGGGGCCUUCUCCGACGUUUGGCUUUAGGGCCUUUCUGCCUUCACCGCAUUUUAGCUCUUUACCAAUCCCCUCCUGCUCGAGUACGAGUCAAUGGGGCCCUCUCUGUUCCCUUUUUAAUCAAAAAUGGUACUAGACAGGGGUGCCCAUUAUCCCCCCUCAUAUUCGUCUUGUGUAUGGAGGCAUUGGUGAGAGCUAUACGAGCAAACAAGGAUAUUAAAGGUAUAUCGCUGGGUCAUCAUGUAUUCAAACUAGCGUUUUUCCCAGAUGAGCUUCUUGCCACUAUCUCCUUGCCAAUAGCAAAGGAAGAAAACAAUGCAUGUAGCGUGUGUAAUAGUUUAGAAACUCUGUCAGUCAGUACUCAAAUACCAGGAUUUAGUCAGGAUCUCGGCAAGCAGGAUCCCGAUGCACACAGUCCUGAGAGAAGAAUCCCAAUGGUCAUAAUGGUGAUGGUUCCUGAAGCAAAAACAUCAACAACAACAUUUCCCACAACAACAGCACCACUAACAACUACUGUAUCGGAAUCGAAAACAACAGAAGAACUGACAACUUCAACAACAACAGAUACAACCACUUCUCAAACAACAGCACCACUAACAACUACUGUAUCAGAUUCUACAACAACAGAAGUUACAACUGUAACAACAACAGAUGAUACAACUACCACACCAGAAACCUCAACUACAACAGUUCUACCAACAACAAACAUUAUAACAUCAACAACUGAAACACUACCAACAACAACCAACAUUAUAACAUCAACAACUGAAACAACAAUUCCACAACAACAGAAGUUACAACUCACACCAACUACUGUCUCUGAAUCUACAACAGAAUUGACAACUUCAACAACAACAGAUACAACCACAUCACCAACAACAACAGCACCACUAACAACUACUGUAUCAGAUUCUACAACAACAGAAGUUACAACUGUUACAACAACAGAUACACCUACCACACCAGAAACCUCAACUACAACUGUUCUACCAACAACAACCAACAUUAUAACAUCAACAACUGAAACAACAUCUCUCACUACAAAAUUGACAACUUCAACAACAACAGAUACAACCACGUCUCCAACAACAACAGCACCACUAACAACCACUGUAUCAGAUUCUACAACAACAGAAGUUGCAACAGUGACAACAACAGAUACACCUACCACACCAGAAACCUCAACUACAACUGUUCUACCAACAACAACCAACAUUUUAACAUCAACAACUGAAACAACAUCUCUCACUACAAGCACACCAACUACUGUCUCUGAAUCUACAAUAGAAUUGACAACUUUAACAAUAGAUACAACCACUUCUCCAACAACAACAGCACCACUAACAACUACUGUAUCAGAUUCUACAACAACAGAAGUUACAACUCCACUAACAACUACUGUAUCAGAUUCUACAACAACAGAAGUUACAACUGUAUACACCAACAACUACUUUCUACCAACAACCAACAUUAUAACAUCAACAACUGAAACAACAUCUCUCACUACAAGCACACCAACAACUACUGUCUCUGAAUCUACAAUAGAAUUGAUAACUUCAACAACAACAGAUACUACUACUUCUCCAACAACAGCACCACUAACAACUACUGUAUCAGAUUCUACAACAACAGAAGUUACAACUAUAACAACAACAGAUACAACUACCACACCAGAAACCUCAACUACAACAGUUCUGCCAACAACAACAAGCAUUAUAACAUCAACGACUGAAACAACAUCUCUCACUACAAGCACACCAACAACUACUGUCUCUGAAUCUACAACAGAAUUGACAACUUCAACAACAACAGAUACAACCACGUCUCCAACAACAACAGCACCACUAACAACUACUGUAUCAGAUUCUACAACAACAGAAGUUACAACUUUAACAACAACAGAUACAACUACCACACCAGAAACCUCAACCACAACAGUUCUACCAGCAACAACCAACAUUAUAACAUCAACAAAUGAAACAUCUCUCACUACAAGCACGCCAACAAAUACUGUCUCUGAAUCUACAACAGAAUUGACAACCUCAACAACAGAUACAACCACGAAUCCAAUAACAACAGCACCACUAACAACUACUGUAUCAGAUUCUACAACAACAGAAGUUACAACUGUAACAAUAACAGAUACAACUACAACACCAGAAACCUCAACUACAACAGUUCUACCAACAACCACCAACAUUAUAACAUCAACAACUGAAACAAUGUCUCUCACUACAAGCACGCCAACAACUACUGUCUCGGAAUCUACAACAGAAUUGAUUACUUCAACAACAGAUACAACCACUUCUGCAACAACAGCACCACUAACAACUACUGUAUCAGAUUCUACAACAGAAGUUAAAACUGUAACAACAACAGAUACAAAUACCACACCAGAAACCUCAACUACAACUGUUCUACCAACAACAACCAACAUUAUAACAUCAACAACUGAAACAACAUCUCUCACUACAAGCACACCAACAAUUACUGUCUCUGAAUCUACAACAGAAUUGACAACUUCAACAACAACAGAUACAACCACUUCUCCAACAACAGCACCACUAACAACUACUGUAUUAGAUUCUACAACAACAGAAGUUACAACUGUAACAAUAACAGAUACAACUACCACACCAGAAUCCUCAACUACAACUGUUCUACCAACAACAACCAACAUUAUAACAUCAACAACUGAAACAACAUCUCUCACUACAAGCACACCAACAAUUACUGUCUCUGAAUCUACAACAGAAUUGACAACUUCAACAACAACAGAUACAGCCACCUCUCCAACAACAACAACAGCACCACUAACAACUACUGUAUCAGAUUCUACAACAACAGAACACGCCAACAACUACUGUCUCGGAAUCUACAACAGAAUUGAUUACUUCAACAACAGAUACAACCACUUCUGCAACAACAGCACCACUAACAACUACUGUAUCAGAUUCUACAACAGAAAACCCUCAACUACAACAGUUCUACCAACAACAUCCAACAUUAUAACAUCAACAACUGAAACAACAUCUCUCACUACUAGCACACCAACAACUACGGUCUCUGAAUCUACAACAGAAUUGACAACUUCAACAACAACAGAUUCAACCACGUCUCCAAAUACAACAGCACCACUAACAACUACUGUAUCAGAUUCUACAACAACAGAAGUUACAACUGUAACAACAACAGAUACAACUACCACACCAGAAUCCUCAACUACAACUGUUCUACCAAACACAACCAACAUUAUAACAUCAACAACUGAAACAACAUCUCUCACUACAAAAUUGACAACUUCAACAACAACAGAUACAACCACGAAUCCAAUAACAACAGCACCACUAACAACUACUGUAUCAGAUUCUACAACAACAGAAGUUACAACUGUAACAAUAACAGAUACAACUACAACACCAGAAACCUCAACUACAACAGUUCUACCAACAACCACCAACAUUAUAACAUCAACAACUGAAACAAUGUCUCUCACUACAAGCACGCCAACAACUACUGUCUCGGAAUCUACAACAGAAUUGAUUACUUCAACAACAGAUACAACCACUUCUGCAACAACAGCACCACUAACAACUACUGUAUCAGAUUCUACAACAGAAGUUAAAACUGUAACAACAACAGAUACAAAUACCACACCAGAAACCUCAACUACAACUGUUCUACCAACAACAACCAACAUUAUAACAUCAACAACUGAAACAACAUCUCUCACUACAAGCACACCAACAAUUACUGUCUCUGAAUCUACAACAGAAUUGACAACUUCAACAACAACAGAUACAACCACUUCUCCAACAACAGCACCACUAACAACUACUGUAUUAGAUUCUACAACAACAGAAGUUACAACUGUAACAAUAACAGAUACAACUACCACACCAGAAUCCUCAACUACAACUGUUCUACCAACAACAACCAACAUUAUAACAUCAACAACUGAAACAACAUCUCUCACUACAAAAACCUCAACUACAACAGUUCUACCAACAACAACCAACAUUAUAACAUCAACAACUGAAACAACAUCUCUCACUACAAGCACACCAACAACUACUGUCUCUGAAUCUACAACAGAAUUGACAACUUCAACAACAACAGAUACAAUCACGAAUCCAAUAACAACAGCACCACUAACAACUACUGUAUCAGAUUCUACAACAACAGAAGUUACAACUGUAACAAUAACAGAUACAACUACAACACUAGAAACCACAACUACAACAGUUCUACCAACAACAACCAACAUUAUAACAUCAACAACUGAAACAACGUCUCUCACUACAAGCACGCCAACAACUACUGUCUCGGAAUCUACAACAGAAUUGAUAACUUCAACAACAGAUACAACCACUUCUCCAACAACAGCACCACUAACAACUACUGUAUCAGAUUCUACAACAGAAGUUACAACUGGAACAACAACAGAUACAACUACCACACCAGAAACCUCAACUACAACAGUUCUACCAACAACAACCAACAUUAUAACAUCAACUGAAACAACCACACCAACAAUUACUGUCUCUGAAUCUACAACAGAAUUGACAACUUCAACAACAACAGAUACAACCACGUCUCCAACAACAGCACCACUAACAACUACUGUAUCAGAUUCUACAACAACAGAAGUUACAACUGUAACAACAAAAGAUACAACUACCACACCAGAAACCUCAACUACAACAAUUCUACCAACAACAUCCAACAUUAUAACAUCAACAACUGAAACAACAUCUCUCACUACAAAAUUGACAACUUCAACAACAGAUACAACCACUUCUCCAAAAACAACCGCACGACUAACAGCUACUGUAUCAGAUUCUACAACAACAGAAUUUAGAACUGUUACAACAACAGAUACAACUACCACACCAGAAACCUCAACUACAAUAGUACUACCAACAACAACCAACAUUAUAACAUCAACAACUGAAACAACGUCUCUCAAUACAAGCACACCAACAAUUACUGUCUCUGAAUCUACAACAGAAUUGACUGUCUCUGAAACUACAACAGAAUUGUCAACUUCAACAACAACAGAUACAACCACCUCUCCAACAACAACAGCACCACUAACAACUACUGUAUCAGAUUCUACAACAACAGAAGUUACAACUUUAACAACAACAGAUAUAACUACCACACCAGAAACCUCAACUACAACUGUUCUACCAACAACAACCAACAUUAUAACAUCAACAACUGAAACAUCUCUCACUACAAGCACACCAACAACUACUGUCUCUGAAUCUACAGCAGAAUUGACAACUUCAACAACAGAUACAACCACUUCUCCAACAACAGCACCACUAACAACUACUGUAUCAGAUUCUACAACAGAAGUUACAACUGUAACAACAAAAGAUACAACUACCACACCAGAAACCUCAACUACAACAAUUCUACCAACAACAACCAACAUUAUAACAUCAACAACUGAAACAACCACACCAACAACUACUGUCUCUGAAUCUACAACAGAAUUGACAACUUCAACAACAACAGAUACAACCACUUCUCCAACAACAGCACCACUAACAACUACUGUAUCAGAUUCUACAACAACAGAAGUUACAACUGUAACAACAACAGAUACAACUACCACACCAGAAACCUCAACUACAACAGUUCUACCAACAACAUCCAACAUUAUAACAGCAACAACAUCUCUCACUACAAGCACACCAACAACUACUGUCUCUGAAUCUACAACAGAAUUGACAACUUUAACAACAACAGAUACAACCACGUCUCCAACAACAACAGCACCACUAACAACUACUGUAUCAGAUUCUACAACAACAGAAGUUACAACUUUAACAACAACAAAUAAUACAACUACCACACCAGAAACCUCAACUACAACUGUUCUACCAACAACAACCAACAUUAUAACAUCAACAACUGAAACAACAUCUCUGACUACAAGUACACCAACAACUACUGUCUCUGAAUCUACAGCAGAAUUGACAACUUCAACAACAGAUACAACCACUUCUCCAACAACAGCACCACUAACAACUACUGUAUCAGAUUCUACAACAAUAGAAGUUACAACUGUAACACCAAAAGAUACAACUACCACACCAGAAACCUCAACUACAACAGUUCUACCAACAACAUCCAACAUUAUAACAUCAACAACUGAAACAACAUCUCUCACUACAAGCACACCAACAACUACUGUCUCUGAAUCUACAACAGAAUUGACAACUUCAACAACAACAAAUACAACCACGUCUCCAAAAACAGCACCACUAACAACUACUGUAUCAGAUUCUACAACAACAGAAGUUACAACUGUAACAACAACAGAUACAACUACCACACUAGAACCCUCAACUACAACAGUUCUACCAACAACAUCCAACAUUAUAAAAUCAACAACUGAAACAACAUCUCUCACUACAAGCACACCAACAACUACUAUCUCUGAAUCUACAACAGAAUUGAUAACUUCAACAACAGAUACAACUACGUCUCCAACAACAACCGCACCACUAACAACUACUGUAUCAGAUUCUACAACAACAGAAUUUAGAACUGUUACAACAACAGAUACAACUACCACACCAGAAACCUCAACUACAAUAGUACUACCAACAACAACCAACAUUAUAACAUCAACAACUGAAACAACGUCUCUCACUACAAGCACACCAACAAUUACUGUCUCUGAAUCUACAACAGAAUUGACUGUCUCUGAAACUACAACAGAAUUCACACCAACAACUACUGUCUCUGAAUCUACAGCAGAAUUGACAACUUCAACAAUAACAGAUACAACCACAUCUCCAACAACAGUAGCACCACUAGGAACUACUGCAUUUGAAUCUACGACAGCAUUUACAACUUUAACAACAACAGAUGCCACAACCACACCAGAAACCUCAACUACAACAUUUCUACCAGCAAUAACAAACAUUAUAACAUCAGCAACUGAAACAUCUCUCACUACAAGCCCACCAACAACUACUGUCUAUGAAUCUACAAUUGUUUCCUCAGAAUCCUUACCCACAACAAGAGGUGAAUCACUAAUAGCAACUCCAGCUACAGCAGAUACAAUAGCAAGCACACAAGAAACAAGUGCAACAACAGUUGGAUUGGAAACACUAGCCCCUACAACAGCAGUUGUGCAAGGAACAUCAAACAGUUUGAUAUUUACAGAAACAACAGAUAUACCAAUAGCAUCAGCAACAACAACAGUUCCAUUUAUUUUAUCUACAGAGAUAGAGAAAUCUGACUUGCAAUUAAUUUUACUAACAUAUUUCUUCCACUUAAUGAUAAGCAAACACAACAACUAUGACACCAGAAACUGCAACAACCGAAUUGCUUCCAGCUACAUCAUCAGUUACAACCGCUGCAUCAUCACCCUCUACCACUGGGACACCGCUAUUAUCAAAUACACCAGCUUGCAUGCUAUAUUUUUCUCAUCUAUCAUUGAAGAAUCAACCAGCUCAAAUCUGGAAUCAGUGACAACAUUUGGAUUAUUCGCAACAUCUGCACCAAGUACUACUGGAUCUCCUAUGGCAGCAACAUCAAGUACAAAUACAAGAGUAACAAGUUCAGCUAUACCCUUUUCAACUUUCGUAGCACCAUCAAUCACUACAACAAACCCACUAACAACUAAUGUCUAUGAAUCUACAACAACAGGAGUAACAACUUCGAAAACAACAAUAGAUACAACCGCCACAGAAGAAACAUCAACUACAACAGUAAUACCAUCAACCACCAACAUUAUAACAUCAACAACUGAAAAAUCUCUCACAACAAUCCCACCAACUAUUGUCUCUGAAUCAACAACAGAUUUAACAACUUCAACAUCAACAACAGAUACCACCACAUCUCCAACAACUACAGAGCCACUAACAACUACUGUAUCAGAUUCUACAACAACAGAAGUUACAACCAUUGUAACAUCAACAACUGAAACAUCUCUCACUACAAGCACACCAACAACUACGGUCUCUGAAUCUACAGCAGAAUUGACAACUUCAACAACAGAUACAACUACGUCUCCAACAACAACAGCAGCACCACUAACAACUACUGUAUCAGAUUCUACAACAAGAGAAGUUACAACUGUAACAACAACAACAACAACAACAACAACAACAGAUACAACUACCACACCAGAAACCUUAACUACAACAGUUCUACCAACAACCACCAACAUUAUAACAUCAACAACUGAAACAUCUCUCACAAUAAUCCCACUAACUAUUGUCUCUGAAUCAACAACAGAUUUAACAACUUCAACAUUAACAACAGAUACCACCACAUCUCCAACAACAACAACAACAACAACAGCAGCAGCAGCAGCAGCACUACUAGCAAAUACUGUUUCAGAUUCUACAACAGCAGAGGUUACAACUUUAACAACAGAUACAACUACCAUACCAGAAACCUCAAGUACAACAGUUCUACCAACAACAACCAACAUUAUAACAUCAAAAACUGAAACAUCUCUCACUACAAACACACCAACUACUAUCUCUGAAUCUACAACCGAAUUGACAACUUUACCAUCAACAACUGAUACAACCACAUCUCAAACAACAACAUCCCCACCGCUAACUGCUGCAUUUGAAUCUACAAUGACAGAAGUUACAACUUUACAAACAACAGAUGCAAGUACCACACCAGAAACAUCAACCACAACAACAGUUCUACCAACAACCACCAACAUUAUAACAUCAACAACUAAAAUAUCUCUCACAACAAUCCCAACUAUUGUCCCUGAAUUAACCACAGAUUUAACAUCUUCAACAUUAACAAAAGAUGUCACCACAUCUCCAACAACAACAGAACCACUAACAACUAUUGUUUCAGAUUCUACAACAGAAGUUGCAACUUUAACAACAACAACAGAUACAACUACCACACCAGAAAGCUCAACUACAACAGUUCUACCAACAACAACCAACAUUAUAACGUCAACAACUGAAACAUCUCUCACUACAAGCACACCAACAACUACUGUCACUGAAUCUACAACAGAAUUGACAACUUUACUAUCAACAACUGAUACAACCACAUCUCCAACAACAGAACCACUAACAACUACUGUAUCAGAUUCUACAACACCAGUUACAACUUUAACAACAGACACAACUACCACACUAAAAACAUCAACUACAACAGUUCUACCAACAACAACCAGCAUUGUAACAUCAACAACUGAAACAUCUUUCACUACAAGCACACCAACAACUACUGUCUCUGAAUCUACAGCAGAAUUGACAACUUUACCAUCAACAACUGAUACAACCACAUAUCCAACAACAACAGAACCACUAACAACCAACAGUAUAAUAUCAACAACACAAACAACAUCUCUCACUACAAGCACACCAACAACUACUGUCUCUGAAUCUACAACUGAAUUGACAACUUUACCAUCAACAACUGAUACAACCACAUCUCAAAAAAUAACAUCACCACAGCUAACAACUACUGCAUUGGAAUCUACAAUGACAGAAGUUACAACUUUACCAACAACAGAUAAAAGUACCACACCAGAAAUAUCAACUACAACAGUUGUACCAACAACCACAAACAUUAUAAUAUCAACAACUGAAAAAACAUCUCUCACAACAACAGCACCACUAACAACUACUGUAUCUGAAUAUACAAAAGAAGUUACAACUUUAACAACAACAGAUGCAAGUACCACAACAGAAACAUCAACUACAACAGUUCUACCAUCAACCACCAACAUUAUAACAUCAACAACUGAAACAUCUCUCACAACAAUCCCACCAACUAUUGUAUCUGAAUCAACAACAGAUUUAACAACUUCAACAUUAACAACAGAUACAACUACAUCACCAACAACAACAACAACAGAACCACUAACAACAACUGUAUCAGAUUCUACAACAACAGAAGCUACAACUUUAACAACAACAGAUACAACUACCACACCAGAAAUGUCAACUACAACAGUUCUACCAACAACUACCAACAUUAUAACAUCAACAGCUGAAACAAAAUCUCUCACAACAACAGUACUGCUAACAACUACUGUAUCUGAAUCUACAACAGAAGUUACAACUUUACCAACAACAGAUGCAAGUACCACAACAGAAACAUCAUCUACAACAGUUCUACCAUCAACCACAAACAUUAUAACAUCAACAACUGAAACAUCACUCACAACAAUCCCACCAUCAACUAUUGUCUCUGAAUCAACAACAAAUUUAACAACUUCAACAUCAACAACAGAUACCACCACUUCUCUAACAAGAGUACCACUAACAACUACUGUAUCUGAAUCUACAACAGAAGUUAAAACUUUACCUGCAACAGAUAAACGUACCACACCAGAAACAUCAACUACAACAGUUGUGCCAACAACCACAAACAUUAUAACAUCAACAACUGAAACAUCUCUCACAACAACAGCACCACUAACAACUACUGCAUCUGAAUCUACAAAAGAAGUUACAACUUUACCAACAACAGAUGCAAGUACCACAACAGAAACAUCAUCUACAACAGUUCUACCAUCAACCACAAACAUUAUAACAUCAACAACUGAAACAUCACUCACAACAAUCCCACCAUCAACUAUUGUCUCUGAAUCAACAACAAAUUUAACAACUUCAACAUCAACAACAGAUACCACCACUUCUCUAACAAGAGUACCACUAACAACUACUGUAUCUGAAUCUACAACAGAAGUUAAAACAUUACCUGCAACAGAUAAAAGUACCACACCAGAAACAUCAACUACAACAGUUGUGCCAACAACCACAAACAUUAUAACAUCAACAACUGAAACAUCUCUCACAACAACAGCACCACUAACAACUACUGCAUCUGAAUCUACAAAAGAAGUUACAACUUUACCAACAACAGAUGCAAGUACAACAGAGACAUCAACUACAACAGUUCUACCAUCAACCACCAACAUUAUAACAUCAGCAACUGAAACAUCUCACACAACAAUCCCACCAACUAUUGUCUCUGAAUCAAUUACAAAUUUAACAACUUCAGCAACAACAACAGAUACCACCAUAUCUCCAACAACAAUAGCACCACUAAUAACUACUGUAUCAGAUUCUACAAUGACAGAAGUUACAACUUUAACAACAGAUACAACUACCACACCAGAAACCUCAAAUACAACAGUUCUCCCAACAACAACAACCACCAACAUUCUAACAUCAACAACUGAAACAACAUCUCUCACUACAAGCACACCAACAACUUUUGUCUCUGAAUCUACAACCGAAUUGACAACUUUACCAUCAAUAACUGAUAUAACCUCAUCUCAAACAACAACAACAUUACAACUACCAACUACUGCAUUGGAAUCUACAACGACAGAAGUUACAACUUUACCAACAACUGAUACAAGUACCACACCAGAAACAUCAACUACAACAGUUCUACCAACAACCACCAACAUUAUAACAUCAACAACUGAAACAUCUCUAAAAACAACAGUACUGCUAACAACUACAGUAUCUGAAUCGACAACAGAAGUUACAACUUUACCAACAACAGAUGCAAGUACAACAGAGACAUCAACUACAACAGUUCUCCCAUCAACCACCAACAUUAUAUCAUCAAGAACUGAAACAUCUCUCACAACAAUCCCACCAACUAUUGUCUCUGAAUCAACAACAGAUUUAACAACUUCAUCAUCAACAACAGAUACAACUACAUCUCCAACAACAGAACCAUUAACAGCUACUGUAUCAGAUUCUACAACACAUGUUACUACUUUAACAACAACAGACACAACUACCACACCAAAAACAUCAACUACAACAUUUAUACCAACAACAACCAACAGUAUAACAUCAACAACACAAACAACAUCUAUCACUAUAAGCACACCAACAACUACUGUCUCUGAAUCUACAACUGAAUUGACAACUUUACCAUCAACAACUGAUACAACCACAUCUCAAAAAAUAACAUCACCACUGCUAACAACUACUGCAUUGGAAUCUACAAUGAUAGAAGUUACAACUUUACCAACAACAGAUGCAAGUACAGCACCAGAAACAUCAACUACAACAGUUGUGCCAACAACCACAAACAUUAUAACAUCAACAACUGAAACAUCUCUCACAACAGCACCACUAACAACUACUGUAUCUGAAUCUACAACAGAAAUUACAACUUUAUCAAUAACAGAUGCAAGUACCACAACAAAAACAUCAACAACAGUUCUACCAUCAACCACCAACAUUAUAACAUCAACAACUGAAACAUCUCUCACAACAAUCCCACCAACUUUUGUCUUUGAAUCAACAACAGAUUCAACAACUUCAACAUCAACAACAGAUAUCCCCACAUCUCUAACAAGAGUACCACUAACAACUACUGUAUAUGAAUCUACAACAGCAGUUACAACUUUACCAACAACUGAUGCAAGUACCACACCAGGAACAUCAACUACAACAGUUGUGCCAACAACCACAAACAUUAUAACAUCAACAACUGAAACAUCUCUCACAACAACAGCACCACUAACAACUACUACAUCUGAAUCUACAAAAGAAGUUACAACUUUACCAACAACAGAUGCAAGUACAACAGAGACAUCAACUACAACAGUUCUACCAUCAACCACCAACAUUAUAACAUCAACAACUGAAACAUCUCACACAACAAUCCCACCCACUAUUGUCUCUGAAUCAAUUACAGAUUUAACAACUUCAGCAUCAACAACAGAUACCACCACAUCUCCAACAACAAUAGCACCACUAAUAACUACUGUAUCAGAUUCUACAAUGACAGAAGUUACAACUUUAACAACAGAUACAACUACCACACCAGAAACCUCAAAUACAACAGUUCUGCAAACAACAACAGCCACCAAUAUUAUAACAUCAACAACUGAAACAAUAUCUCUCACUACAAGCACACCAACAACUUUUGUCUCUGAAUCUACAACCGAAUUGACAACUUUACCAUCAAUAACUGAUAUAACCUCAUCUCAAACAACAACAACAUUACAACUACCAACCACUGCAUUGGAAUCUACAACGACUGAAGUUACAACUUUACCAACAACUGAUGCAAGUACCACACCAGAAACAUCAACUACAACAGUUCUACCAACAACCACCAACAUUAUAACAUCAACAACACAAACAACAUCUAUCACUAUAAGCACACCAACUACUGUCUCUGAAUCUACAACUGAAUUGACAACUUUACCAUCAACAACUGAUACAACCACAUCUCAAAAAAUAACAUCACCACCGCUAACAACUACUGCAUUGGAAUCUACAAUGAUAGAAGUUACAACUUUACCAACAACAGAUGCAAGUACCACACCAGAAACAUCAACUACAACAGUUGUGCCAACAACCACAAACAUUAUAACAUCAACAACUGAAACAUCUCUCACAACAGCACCACUAACAACUACUGCAUCUGAAUCUACAAAAGAAGUUACAACUUUACCAACAACAGAUGCAAGUACAACAGAGACAUCAACUACAACAGUUCUACCAUCAACCACAAACAUUAUAACAUCAACAACUGAAACAUCUUACACAACAAUCCCACCAACUAUUGUCUCUGAAUCAAUUACAGAUUUAACAACUUCAGCAUCAACAACAGAUACCACCACAUCUCCAACAACAAUAGCACCACUAAUAACUACUGUAUCAGAUUCUACAAUGACAGAAGUUACAACUUUGACAACAACAGAUACAACUACCACACCAGAAACCUCAAAUACAACAGUUCUGCCAACAACAACCACCACCAACAUUAUAACAUCAACAACUGAAACAUCUCUCACAACAAUCCCACCAACUUUUGUCUUUGAAUCAACAACAGAUUCAACAACUUCAACAUCAACAACAGAUAUCCCCACAUCUCUAACAAGAGUACCACUAACAACUACUGUAUAUGAAUCUACAACAGCAGUUACAACUUUACCAACAACUGAUGCAAGUACCACACCAGGAACAUCAACUACAACAGUUGUGCCAACAACCACAAACAUUAUAACAUCAACAACUGAAACAUCUCUCACAACAACAGCACCACUAACAACUACUACAUCUGAAUCUACAAAAGAAGUUACAACUUUACCAACAACAGAUGCAAGUACAACAGAGACAUCAACUACAACAGUUCUACCAUCAACCACCAACAUUAUAACAUCAACAACUGAAACAUCUCACACAACAAUCCCACCCACUAUUGUCUCUGAAUCAAUUACAGAUUUAACAACUUCAGCAUCAACAACAGAUACCACCACAUCUCCAACAACAAUAGCACCACUAAUAACUACUGUAUCAGAUUCUACAAUGACAGAAGUUACAACUUUAACAACAGAUACAACUACCACACCAGAAACCUCAAAUACAACAGUUCUGCAAACAACAACAGCCACCAAUAUUAUAACAUCAACAACUGAAACAAUAUCUCUCACUACAAGCACACCAACAACUUUUGUCUCUGAAUCUACAACCGAAUUGACAACUUUACCAUCAAUAACUGAUAUAACCUCAUCUCAAACAACAACAACAUUACAACUACCAACCACUGCAUUGGAAUCUACAACGACUGAAGUUACAACUUUACCAACAACUGAUGCAAGUACCACACCAGAAACAUCAACUACAACAGUUCUACCAACAACCACCAACAUUAUAACAUCAACAACACAAACAACAUCUAUCACUAUAAGCACACCAACUACUGUCUCUGAAUCUACAACUGAAUUGACAACUUUACCAUCAACAACUGAUACAACCACAUCUCAAAAAAUAACAUCACCACCGCUAACAACUACUGCAUUGGAAUCUACAAUGAUAGAAGUUACAACUUUACCAACAACAGAUGCAAGUACCACACCAGAAACAUCAACUACAACAGUUGUGCCAACAACCACAAACAUUAUAACAUCAACAACUGAAACAUCUCUCACAACAGCACCACUAACAACUACUGCAUCUGAAUCUACAAAAGAAGUUACAACUUUACCAACAACAGAUGCAAGUACAACAGAGACAUCAACUACAACAGUUCUACCAUCAACCACAAACAUUAUAACAUCAACAACUGAAACAUCUUACACAACAAUCCCACCAACUAUUGUCUCUGAAUCAAUUACAGAUUUAACAACUUCAGCAUCAACAACAGAUACCACCACAUCUCCAACAACAAUAGCACCACUAAUAACUACUGUAUCAGAUUCUACAAUGACAGAAGUUACAACUUUGACAACAACAGAUACAACUACCACACCAGAAACCUCAAAUACAACAGUUCUGCCAACAACAACCACCACCAACAUUAUAACAUCAACAACUGAAACAUCUCUCACAACAAUCCCACCAACUUUUGUCUUUGAAUCAACAACAGAUUCAACAACUUCAACAUCAACAACAGAUAUCCCCACAUCUCUAACAAGAGUACCACUAACAACUACUGUAUAUGAAUCUACAACAGCAGUUACAACUUUACCAACAACUGAUGCAAGUACCACACCAGGAACAUCAACUACAACAGUUGUGCCAACAACCACAAACAUUAUAACAUCAACAACUGAAACAUCUCUCACAACAACAGCACCACUAACAACUACUACAUCUGAAUCUACAAAAGAAGUUACAACUUUACCAACAACAGAUGCAAGUACAACAGAGACAUCAACUACAACAGUUCUACCAUCAACCACCAACAUUAUAACAUCAACAACUGAAACAUCUCACACAACAAUCCCACCCACUAUUGUCUCUGAAUCAAUUACAGAUUUAACAACUUCAGCAUCAACAACAGAUACCACCACAUCUCCAACAACAAUAGCACCACUAAUAACUACUGUAUCAGAUUCUACAAUGACAGAAGUUACAACUUUAACAACAGAUACAACUACCACACCAGAAACCUCAAAUACAACAGUUCUGCAAACAACAACAGCCACCAAUAUUAUAACAUCAACAACUGAAACAAUAUCUCUCACUACAAGCACACCAACAACUUUUGUCUCUGAAUCUACAACCGAAUUGACAACUUUACCAUCAAUAACUGAUAUAACCUCAUCUCAAACAACAACAACAUUACAACUACCAACCACUGCAUUGGAAUCUACAACGACUGAAGUUACAACUUUACCAACAACUGAUGCAAGUACCACACCAGAAACAUCAACUACAACAGUUCUACCAACAACCACCAACAUUAUAACAUCAACAACACAAACAACAUCUAUCACUAUAAGCACACCAACUACUGUCUCUGAAUCUACAACUGAAUUGACAACUUUACCAUCAACAACUGAUACAACCACAUCUCAAAAAAUAACAUCACCACCGCUAACAACUACUGCAUUGGAAUCUACAAUGAUAGAAGUUACAACUUUACCAACAACAGAUGCAAGUACCACACCAGAAACAUCAACUACAACAGUUGUGCCAACAACCACAAACAUUAUAACAUCAACAACUGAAACAUCUCUCACAACAGCACCACUAACAACUACUGCAUCUGAAUCUACAAAAGAAGUUACAACUUUACCAACAACAGAUGCAAGUACAACAGAGACAUCAACUACAACAGUUCUACCAUCAACCACAAACAUUAUAACAUCAACAACUGAAACAUCUUACACAACAAUCCCACCAACUAUUGUCUCUGAAUCAAUUACAGAUUUAACAACUUCAGCAUCAACAACAGAUACCACCACAUCUCCAACAACAAUAGCACCACUAAUAACUACUGUAUCAGAUUCUACAAUGACAGAAGUUACAACUUUGACAACAACAGAUACAACUACCACACCAGAAACCUCAAAUACAACAGUUCUGCCAACAACAACCACCACCAACAUUAUAACAUCAACAACUGAAACAUCUCUCACUACAAGUACACCAACAACUUCUGUCUCUGAAUCUACAACUGAAUUGACAACUUUACCAUCAACAACUAAUACAACCACAUCUCAAACAACAACAACAUCAUUACCAUUACCAACUACUGCAUUGGAAUCUACAACAACAGAAGUUAUAACUUUACCAACAACUGAUGCAAGUACCACAACAGAAACAUCAACUACAACAGUUCUACCAACAACCAUCAACAUUAUAACAUCAACAACUGAAUUAACAUCUCUCACAAAAACAGCACCACUAGCAAAUACUGUAUCUGAAUCUACAACAGAAGUUACAACUUUACCAACAACAGAUGCAAGUACCACAACAGAAACAUCAUCUACAACAGUUCUACCAUCAACCACCAACAUUUUAACAUCAAGAACUGAGACAUCUCUCACAACAAUCCCACCAACUAUUGUCUCUGAAUCAACAACAGAUUUAACAACUUCAACAUCAACAACAGAUACAACCACAUCUCCAACAACAGAACCACUAACAACUACUGUAUCAGAUUCUACAACACCAGUUACAACUUUAACAACAACAGACACAACUACCACACCAAAAACAUCAACUACAACAUUUCUACCAAUAACAACCAACAGUAUAACAUCAACAACACAAACAACAUCUCUCACUACAAGCACACCAAAAACUACUGUCUCUGAAUCUACAACUGAAUUGACAACUUUACCAUCAACAACUGAUACAACCACAUCUCAAAAAAUAACAUCACCACCGCUAACAACUACUGCAUUGGAAUCUACAAUGACAGAAGUUACAACUUUACCAACAACAGAUGCAAGUACCACACCAGAAACAUCAACUACAACAGUUCUACCAACAACCACCAUUAUAACAUCAACAGCUGAAACAACAUCUCUUACAAAAACAGCACCACUAACAACUACUGUAUCUGAAUCUACAACAGAAAUUACAAUUUUACCAACAACAGAUGCAAGUACCACAACAAAAACAUCAACAACAGUUCUACCAUCAACCACCAACAUUAUAACAUCAACAACUGAAACAUCACUCACAACAAUACCACCAACUUUUGUCUUUGAAUCAACAACAGAUUCAACAACUUCAACAUCAACAACAGAUACCGCCACAUCUCUAACAAGAGUACCACUAACAACUACUGUAUAUGAAUCUACAAAAGAAGUUACAACUUUACCAACAACAGAUGCAAGUACCACACCAGAAACAUCAACUACAACAGUUGUGCAAACAACCACAAACAUUAUAACAUCAACAACUGAAACAUCUCACACAACAAUCCCACCAACUAUUGUCUCUGAAUCAAUUACAGAUUUAACAACUUCAGCAUCAACAACAGAUACCACCACAUCUUUAACAACAAUAGCACCACUAAUGACUACUGUAUCAGAUUCUACUAUGACAGAAGUUACAACUUUAACAACAGAUACAACUACCACACCAGAAACCUCAAAUACAACAGUUCUGCCAACAACAACAACAACCAACAUUAUAACAUCAACAACUGAAACAACAUCUCUCACUACAAGCACACCAACAACUUUUGUCUCUGAAUCUACAACCGAAUUGAAACCUUUACCAUCAAUAACUGAUAAUACCUCAUCUCAAACAACAACAUUACAACUACCAACUACUGCAUUGGAAUCUACAAUGACAGAAGUUACAACUUUACCAACAACUGAUGCAAGUACCACACCAGAAACAUCAACUACAACAGUUCUACCAACAACCACCAACAUUAUAACAUCAACAACUGAAACAUCUCUCACAACAACAGUACUGCUAACAACUACUGUAUCUGAAUCUACAACAGAAAUUACAACUUUACCAACAACAGUUGCAAGUACCACAACAGAAACAUCAUCUACAACAGUUCUACCAUCAACCACCAACAUUUUAACAUCAAGAACUGAAACAUCUCUCACAACAAUCCCACCAACUAUUGUCUCUGAAUCAACAACAGAUUUAACAACUUCAACAUCAACAACAGAUACAACUACAUCUCCAACAACAGAACCAUUAACAACUACUGUAUCACAUUCUACAUCACCAGUUACAACUUUAACAACAACAGACACAACUACCACACCAAAAACAUCAACUACAACAUUUCUACCAACAACAACCAACAGUAUAACAUCAACAACACAAACAACAUCUAUCACUAUAAGCACACCCACAACUACUGUCUCUGAAUCUACAACUGAAUUGAAAACUUUACCAUCAACAACUGAUACAACCACAUCUCAAAAAAUAACAUCACCACCGCUAACAACUACUGCAUUGGAAUCUACAAUGAUAGAAGUUACAAAUUUACCUACAACAGACGCAAGUACCACACCAGAAACAACAACUACAACAGUUGUUCCAACAACCACAAACAUUAUAACAUCAACAACUGAAACAUCUCUCACAACAGCACCACUAACAACUACUGCAUCUGAAUCUACAAAAGAAGUUACAACUUUACCAACAACAGAUGCAAGUACAACAGAGACAUCAACUACAACAGUUCUAACAUCAACCACAAACAUUAUAACAUCAACAACUGAAACAUCUUACACAACAAUCCCACCAACUAUUGUCUCUGAAUCAAUUACAGAUUCAACAACUUCAGCAUCAACAACAGAUACCACCACAUCUCCAACAACAAUAGCACCACUAAUAACUACUGUAUCAAAUUCUACAAUGACAGAAGUUACAACUUUAACAACAACAGAUACAACUACCACACCAGAAACCUCAAAUACAAGAGUUCUACCAACAACCACCACCAACAUUAUAACAUCAACAACUGAAACAUCUCUCACUACAAGCACACCAACAACUUCUGUCUCUGAAUCUACAACUGAAUUGACAACUUUACCAUCAACAACUGAUACAACCACAUCUCAAACAACAACAACAUCAUUACCACUACCAACUACUGCAUUGGAAUCUACAACAACAGAAGUUAUAACUUUACCAACAACUGAUGCAAGUACCACACCAGAAACAUCAACUACAACAGUUCUACCAACAACCAUCAACAUUAUAACAUCAACAACUGAAUUAACAUCUCUCACAAAAACAGCACCACUAGCAACUACUGUAUCUGAAUCUACAACAGAAGUUACAACUUUACCAACAACAGAUGCAAGUACCACAACAGAAACAUCAUCUACAACAGUUCUACCAUCAACCACCAACAUUUUAACAUCAAGAACUGAAACAUCUCUCACAACAAUCCCACCAACUAUUGUCUCUGAAUCAACAACAGAUUUAACAACUUCAACAUCAACAACAGAUACAACCACAUCUCCAACAACAGAACCACUAACAACUACUGUAUCAGAUUCUACAACACCAGUUACAACUUUAACAACAACAGACACAACUACCACACCAAAAACAUCAACUACAACAUUUCUACCAACAACAACCAACAGUAUAACAUCAACAACACAAACAGCAUCUCUCACUACAAGCACACCAAAAACUACUGUCUCUGAAUCUUCAACUGAAUUGACAACUGUACCAUCAACAACUGAUACAACCACAUCUCAAAAAGUAACAUCAGCACCGCUAACAACUACUGCAUUGGAAUCUACAAUGACAGAAGUUACAACUUUACCAACAACAGAUGCAAGUACCACACCAGAAACAUCAAUUACAACAGUUCUACCAACAACCACCAUUAUAACAUCAACAGCUGAAACAACAUCUCUUACAAAAACAGCACCACUAAUAACUACUGUAUCUGAAUAUACAACAGAAAUUACAACUUUACCAACAACAGAUGCAAGUACCACAACAAAAACAUUAACUACAACAGUUCUACCAUCAACCACCAACAUUAUAACAUCAACAACUGAAACAUCUCUCACAACAAUCCCACCAACUAUUGUCUCUGAAUCAAUAACAGAUUUAACAACUUCAACAUCAACAACAGAUACCACCACAUCUCUAACAAGUGUACCACUAACAACUAUUGUAUAUGAAUCUACAAAAGUAGUUUCAACUUUACCAACAACAGAUGCAAGUACCACUACAGAGACAUCAAAUACAACAGUUCUACCAUCAACCACCAACAUUAUAUCAUCAACAACUGAAACAUCUCUAACAACAAUCCCACCAUCAAUUAUUGUCUCUGAAUCAACUGGUUUAAUAACUUUCACAUCAACAACAGAUACUACCACAUCUCUAACAAGAGUACCACUAACAACUACUGUAUAUGAUUCUACAACAGAAGUUACAAUUUUACCAACAACAGAUAAAAGUACCACACCAGAAACAUUAACUACAACAGUUCUACCAACAACCACCAGCAUUAUAACAUCAACAACUGAAACAACAUCUCUCACAACAACAGCACCACUAACAAGUACUGUAUCUGAAUUUACAACAGAAGUUACAACUUUAAUAACAGAUAUAACCACAACACCAGAAUUUUUAACUACAACAGUUCUACCAAUAACCACUAACUUUACAAUAUCAGCAACUGAAACAACAUCUCUUUCAAAUAGCCCACUAACAACUACUGUUUCUGAAUCUACAUCAGAAUUAAAAACUUUAACAUCAACAACAGAAACAACCACAUCUCUAUCAACAACACCACCAAUAACAACUUCUGUGUCUGAAUCUACAACAGAACUUACAACUUUACCAACAACAGUUACAAAUUCCACACCAGACACAUCAGCUAAAAUAGUUCUACCAACAACCACCAACAUCAUAACAUCAAAUGAAACACCUCUCACAACAAUCCUACCAACAACUACAAUUUCUGUAUCUACCACAGAUUUGCCAACUUUAACAUCAAUAACAGAUACCACAACAUCUCUAAGAACAACAGCGCCACUAACAACUACUGUAUCUGAAUUUACAACAGCAGAAAUUACAACUUUAACAACAACAGAUACAACCACUACUCCAGAAUUUUUAACUAGAUCAGUUCUACCAACAAACACCAACAUUAUAACAUCAACAACUGAAACAGCAUUUCUUACAACAAGUCUACUAACAACUACUAUUCCUGAAUCUACAGCAGAAAUGAACACAUUAACAUUAAGAACAGAAACAAACACAUCUUUAGCAACAAUACCACCAAUAACAACUUCUGUAUCUGAAUCUACAACAGCAAUUACAAGUUUAACAACAGAUACAACCACCAUAUUAGAAACAACAGUUCUACCAACAACAUCAAACAGUUUAACAUUGACAACAGAUACCACCACAUCUUUAACAACAUUAGUAGAUAUAUUAACAUCAAUAGAAACAACAUCUUUUACAACAAUCCCACUAACAACUAUUGUUUCUGAAUCUACAAUAGGAGUAACAACUUUGAUAACAACAGAUAUAACCACAACACCAAAAACAUCAUCAGCAAUAAUUCAAAAUACAACAGAGAUUAUAAAAUCAAUGACUGAAACAACAACACCUCUAACUACAAGCCCACUAACAAGUAAUGUCUUUGAAUCUACAACAGGAAUUACAAUUUUAAAAACAAAAGCGGUUCUACCAACAACCACCAACAUUAUAACAUCAACAACUGAGACAUCUCUCACAACAAUGCCAUCAUCAACUACUGUUUCUGAAUCAACAACAGAUUUAACAACUGUAACAUCAACAGCAGAUAGCACCACAUCUGUAACAACAAUCCCACUAACAACUACUGUUCCUGAAUCUACAGCAGAAUUGACAUUAACAUCAACAACAGAAACAACCACAUAUCUAUCAACAUCAACACCAAUAACAACUUCUGUAUCUGAAUAUACAACGGAACUUACAGCUUCACCAACAGCAGAUACAAAUUCCACACCAAAAACAUCUACUACCACUGUUCUACCAACAACCACCAACAUUAUAACAUCAACAACUGAAACAUUAUCUCUCACAACAAUCCCACCAACUACUGUCUCUGAAUCUAAAACAGAUUUGACAAAAUCAACAUCAACAACAGAUAACACCACAUAUCUAAAAACAACAGAACCACUAACAUCUACUGUAUAUGAAUUUACAACAGCAGAAGUUACAACAACCACCAUACUAGAAACAACACCACUACCUACAACAUCAAACAGUUUAGCAUUGACAACAGAAACAAUUACAUUUUUAACUACACCACUACAAACACCUUCUGUAUCUGAAUCCUCAACAACUGAAGUUACACCUUUAAAAAUACCAAUUACAACAGCCACACCAAAAACAUCCAUUACAACAGUUCGACCAACAAGAGAUAUAUUAACAUCAACAACAGAUACAACAUCUUUCCCAACAAAUCCACUUACAACUAUUGUCUCCGAAUCUACAAUAGGAGUAUCAACUUUAAAAACAGAUAUAACCAUAAUACCAGAAACAUCAACUACAAUAUUUCAACCAACAGCAGCAAAGGUUAUAAAAUCAACUGAAACAACACCUCUAACAACAAGCCCACUAACAAGUACUGUCUCUAAAUAUACAACAGAAAUAUCUUUAAAAACAAAAGAUACAACCACUACACCAGAGACAUCAACAACAACAACAACAACAACAGUUCUACCAACGACCACCAACAUUAUAGCAUCAACAACUGAAAAAACAUCUCUUACAACAAGCCCACUAACAAUUACUGUUUCUGAAUCUACAGAAGAAUUGAAAACAUUAACAUCAACAACAGAAACAGCCACAUCUCAAUCAACAUCACCACCAAUAACUACUUCUGUACCUGAAUCUACAACAGAAGUUACAACUUUACAAACUACAGACACAAGUACCACACCAAAAACAUCCACUACAACAGUUCUACCAACAACCACUGAAACAUCUCUCACAACAAACCCACCAACUACUGUCUCUGAAAUAACAACAUCUCCUACAACAAGCCCACUAACAACUACUGUUUCUGAACCUACAGUAGAAUUGAUAACAUUGACAUCAACAACAGAAACAACAACAUCUUUAACAAGAUCACCACCAAUAGCAACUUCUGCAUCUGAAUCUACAAAAGAAGUUACAAGUUUAGCAACAGAAACAAAUACUGCACUAGAAAAAACACCAGCAAUAUCAACUACAACAGUUCUACCACCAACCACCAACAUUAAAACAUCAACUGAAACUAAAACAUCUCUUGCAACAAGCCCACUAACAAGUACUUUUUCUGAAUCUACACCAGGAUUAACAUCUUUCACAACAACAGAUUUAAUCAACACGCGAGAAACAUCAACUACAACUGAAACAACAUCUCCCACAGCAAGUCCACAAACUAUUACUUUCUCUGAAUCUACAAUAGAAUUUACAACUUUAACAUUAACAACAAAUACAACCACACCUCUAUCAACAACAGCACCAAUAACAACUACUGUAUCUGGAUCUAAAACAAUAGAAGUUACAACUUUAACAACAACAGAUAAAACUACCACGCCGAAGAUAUCAACUAGAACAGUUCUACCAACAAACUCCAACAUUAUAACAUCAACAACUGAAACAAGAUCUCUCACAAGCCCACCAACAAAUACUGUCCCUGAAUCUACAACAGAAUUGACAAGUUUAACAUCAACAACUAAAACAACCACAUAUUUAACAACACCUCCACUAAGAACUACUGUAUCUGAAUCUAUUACAACAGAAGUUUCAACUUUAACAACAGCAAAAAUAACUACCAUACCCGAAACAUCAACUGCAACAGUUCUACCAACAAUUACAGACAUUAUAACAUCAUCUGAAACAACAUCUCUCACUACAAGCCCAUUUACAACUAAUGUCUCUGAGUCUACAACAAAAGGAGUAACAACUAUAACAGAUAAAACAACAGAUACAAUUACAACAGCAGAAACAACAUCAACUACAACAGUACUACCAACAAAUGCAGACUUUAAAAUAUCAACAUUUGACACAACUACAUCUCUAACAUCUAGCCCACUACCAACUACAAUCUCACAAUCUUUACAAACAGAAUUGACACCUGUAAUAGUAACAAAAAAUAUAACUACUAUACCAGGAAUAAGUCUACCAAAAACAUCAACCACGUUAACGUCAACAACAGAAGUAAGUACAUCUCUUUCAGCCCAACCACCACUAAUAACUACCGCCUCUGAAUCUGCAACAGAAGUGACAACAUUAACAACAGUUAUAUCUGCUGCACGAGAAACAGCACCAACUACAAUACUUCUACCAACAUCUUCAGAUUUUACUACAUCAGUAACUGAAACAACUAAAUCUCUCACAAGUCAUGUAACGACUACUGUUUCUGAAUCUACAACAGGAGUAAUAACUUUAUCACCAACAGCAGGAACAACUACCAUACCAGUAAGAAUAUCAACUACAACUGUUUUGCCAACAAACAUUAUGUCAUCGAAAACUGAAACAGCUUCUUCUUUAGCAAAAAGCCCACAAACAACUACAAUCUUUGAAUAUUCAAAAACUUUGCCAACAGCAAAUGCAACUACCCCACUAGAAACAACAGCAACAACAAAGGACACCAUUACAACAACUGAAACAACUGCAUCUCUAUUAACAAACCGAAAAACAAGUACUUCCUCAGAAUAUACAACAGAACCUACAACAUUAACAUCCACAGAUACAUCAACAAACACACCAGGAACAACUACUACUGCUUUACUGACAACUUCAGGGUCUGUUUUGUCAACAGCAGAAACAACAUCUACAGCAGAAAUCAUGGCAACUACAUUAAUUACAGUACCAACUACACCUGUAACAGCAACACCAAUGACUGCUUUCUCAGAAUCAUCAACCACAACAAGAGGUGCAUCUCGAAUAACAACUCCAGCAACAGCAGAUACAAUAGCAAGCACACAAGAAACAAGUGCAAAAACUGUUGGAUUGGAAACACUAGCCCCUACAACAGCAGUUGUGCAAGGAACAUCAAACAGUUUGAUAUUUGCAGUAACAACAGAUAUACCAGUAGCAUCAACAACAACAGUUACCUUUAUUUUAUCUAAAGCAAACACAACAACUAUGACACCAGAAAUUGCAACCACUGAAUUGCUUCCAGCUACAUCAUCAGUUUCAACCGCUGCAUCAUCACCCUCUACCACUGGGACACCAGCAUCAAUUGACCUAGUAUUCCAAAACACCAGCAUAGGUGCUGCUUUUAUAGGCUGCAGAGAUCUCACAUUCAGGCUUGGAAAUGUGUCCGACUCUUUCAGUAUUGACUUGGUGUGCUCCUACAUAAACAACACAGUUGGGCAGGAGUUCAGCAGGCAGGUUGUUUAUAAAGAGUUCAGUGUCAUCACAAAUGGCAUCAAGAAUCUGGAUAAAUAUCAACUGGAUAGCUUCAGUCUUUAUAUUGAUGGUUACAAUGAGCCCCAACCAUCAACAACCUCCAUGCCCUCAACACUAUCACCUACAACUGCAUUUCUGCCAAACUCCAUUGUUACUGUGAACUUUACUUUAACCAACCUGAAAUACAGUGAUGAUCUUCUUAAUCCAAACUCAACCAGAACCAAUAGCACAAAGCUUAUUAUGGCUACUCUGUUGGAUGCAUUGAUGAAGAACACCAGUCUGAAAUCUUCUUUUUCAUUAUGCCAAAUAGUCAGUUUGGAUAACAGUGAUGGUAACACCAAAGUUGACGCUGUCUGCAGCUACAACAAUUCAACAACUACACCAUUUGAUUCCAUUAAUUUUUACAAAGAGCUGCAAAAUCAAACUUAUAGUAUCACUAAAUUGGGAAUUUACACACUGGAUCCAAACAGCCUUUACGUCAAUGGAUACAAUGAAAAGCUGCUAAUUACCCCAACCACAAAAUACAAUGAGAAGCUGUUAAUCACUACAACAACAGGGCCAAUCCCAACUACACCAAUGACAACAGCCAACACCUUCACCUUGAAUUUCACAAUAACUAAUCUCCCAUACACUACAGAUAUGGGGACACCAAACACCUCUGCAUUUAAUAGCACUCAGCUCAUCAUAGAUACUUUGCUGGACACUGUGGUAAAUAAUACAAGUCUGAAGGACACUUCUGCUCAGUGUAAAGUUGUGGGCUUGAUGUUGGCCAAUUCCAAAGACACUAAAGUUGAUGCCAUAUGCACAUACAUCAACAACUCAGCCCUGCCCCCAUUUGAUACAGUGACCUACUACAAGGAGCUGAAAAACCAGACAAACAACUUCACCACACUGGGGAUCUAUACUCUGGAUCCAAAUAGUGUUUAUGUCAAUGAAUACAAUGAGAAGCUGUUAAUCACUACAACAACAGGUCCAAUCCCAACUACACCAAUGACAACAGCCAACACCUUCACCUUGAAUUUCACAAUAACUAAUCUCCCAUACAAUACAGAUAUGGGGACACCAAACACCUCUGCAUUUAAUAGCACUCAGCUCAUCAUAGAUACUUUGCUGGACACUGUGGUAAAUAAUACAAGUCUGAAGGACACUUCUGCUCAGUGUAAAGUUGUGGGCUUGAUGUUGGCCAAUUCCAAAGACACUAAAGUUGAUGCCAUAUGCACAUACAUCAACAACUCAGCCCUGCCCCCAUUUGAUACAGUGACCUACUACAAGGAGCUGAAAAACCAGACAAACAACUUCACCAUACUGGGGAUCUAUACUCUGGAUCCAAAUAGUGUUUAUGUCAAUGAAUACAAUGAGAAGCUGUUAAUCACUACAACAACAGGUCCAAUCCCAAAUACACCAAUGGCAACAGCCAACACCUUCACCUUGAAUUUCACAAUAACUAAUCUCCCAUACAAUACAGAUAUGGGGACACCAAACACCUCUGCAUUUAAUAGCACUCAGCUCAUCAUAGAUACUUUGCUGGACACUGUGGUAAAUAAUACAAGUCUGAAGGACACUUCUGCUCAGUGUAAAGUUGUGGGCUUGAUGUUGGCCAAUUCCAAAGACACUAAAGUUGAUGCCAUAUGCACAUACAUCAACAACUCAGCCCUGCCUCCAUUUGAUACAGUGACCUACUACAAGGAGCUGAAAAACCAGACAAACAACUUCACCACACUGGGGAUCUAUACUCUGGAUCCAAAUAGUGUUUAUGUCAAUGAAUACAAUGAGAAGCUGUUAAUCACUACAACAACAGGUCCAAUCCCAACUACACCAAUGACAACAGCCAACACCUUCACCUUGAAUUUCACAAUAACUAAUCUCCCAUACAAUACAGAUAUGGGGACACCAAACACCUCUGCAUUUAAUAGCACUCAGCUCAUCAUAGAUACUUUGCUGGACACUGUGGUAAAUAAUACAAGUCUGAAGAACACUUCUGCUCAGUGUAAAGUUGUGGGCUUGAUGUUGGCCAAUUCCAAAGACACUAAAGUUGAUGCCAUAUGCACAUACAUCAACAACUCAGCCCUGCCCCCAUUUGAUACAGUGACCUACUACAAGGAGCUGAAAAACCAGACAAACAACUUCACCACACUGGGGAUCUAUACUCUGGAUCCAAAUAGUGUUUAUGUCAAUGAAUACAAUGAGAAGCUGUUAAUCACUACAACAACAGGUCCAAUCCCAACUACACCAAUGACAACAGCCAACACCUUCACCUUGAAUUUCACAAUAACUAAUCUCCCAUACAAUACAGAUAUGGGGACACCAAACACCUCUGCAUUUAAUAGCACUCAGCUCAUCAUAGAUACUUUGCUGGACACUGUGGUAAAUAAUACAAGUCUGAAGGACACUUCUGCUCAGUGUAAAGUUGUGGGCUUGAUGUUGGCCAAUUCCAAAGACACUAAAGUUGAUGCCAUAUGCACAUACAUCAACAACUCAGCUCUGCCUCCAUUUGAUACAGUGACCUACUACAAGGAGCUGAAAAACCAGACAAACAACUUCACCACACUGGGGAUCUAUACUCUGGAUCCAAAUAGUGUUUAUGUCAAUGAAUACAAUGAGAAGCUGUUAAUCACUACAACAACAGGUCCAAUCCCAACUACACCAAUGACAACAGCCAACACCUUCACCUUGAAUUUCACAAUAACUAAUCUCCCAUACAAUACAGAUAUGGGGACACCAAACACCUCUGCAUUUAAUAGCACUCAGAUCAUCAUAGAUACUUUGCUGGACACUGUGGUAAAUAAUACAAGUCUGAAGAACACUUCUGCUCAGUGUAAAGUUGUGGGCUUGAUGUUGGCCAAUUCCAAAGACACUAAAGUUGAUGCCAUAUGCACAUACAUCAACAACUCAGCCCUGCCCCCAUUUGAUACAGUGACCUACUACAAGGAGCUGAAAAACCAGACAAACAACUUCACCACACUGGGGAUCUAUACUCUGGAUCCAAAUAGUGUUUAUGUCAAUGAAUACAAUGAGAAGCUGUUAAUCACUACAACAACAGGUCCAAUCCCAACUACACCAAUGACAACAGCCAACACCUUCACCUUGAAUUUCACAAUAACUAAUCUCCCAUACAAUACAGAUAUGGGGACACCAAACACCUCUGCAUUUAAUAGCACUCAGCUCAUCAUAGAUACUUUGCUGGACACUGUGGUAAAUAAUACAAGUCUGAAGGACACUUCUGCUCAGUGUAAAGUUGUGGGCUUGAUGUUGGCCAAUUCCAAAGACACUAAAGUUGAUGCCAUAUGCACAUACAUCAACAACUCAGCCCUGCCUCCAUUUGAUACAGUGACCUACUACAAGGAGCUGAAAAACCAGACAAACAACUUCACCACACUGGGGAUCUAUACUCUGGAUCCAAAUAGUGUUUAUGUCAAUGAAUACAAUGAGAAGCUGUUAAUCACUACAACAACAGGUCCAAUCCCAACUACACCAAUGACAACAGCCAACACCUUCACCUUGAAUUUCACAAUAACUAAUCUCCCAUACAAUACAGAUAUGGGGACACCAAACACCUCUGCAUUUAAUAGCACUCAGCUCAUCAUAGAUACUUUGCUGGACACUGUGGUAAAUAAUACAAGUCUGAAGGACACUUCUGCUCAGUGUAAAGUUGUGGGCUUGAUGUUGGCCAAUUCCAAAGACACUAAAGUUGAUGCCAUAUGCACAUACAUCAACAACUCAGCCCUGCCUCCAUUUGAUACAGUGACCUACUACAAGGAGCUGAAAAACCAGACAAACAACUUCACCACACUGGGGAUCUAUACUCUGGAUCCAAAUAGUGUUUAUGUCAAUGAAUACAAUGAGAAGCUGUUAAUCACUACAACAACAGGUCCAAUCCCAACUACACCAAUGACAACAGCCAACACCUUCACCUUGAAUUUCACAAUAACUAAUCUCCCAUACAAUACAGAUAUGGGGACACCAAACACCUCUGCAUUUAAUAGCACUCAGCUCAUCAUAGAUACUUUGCUGGACACUGUGGUAAAUAAUACAAGUCUGAAGAACACUUCUGCUCAGUGUAAAGUUGUGGGCUUGAUGUUGGCCAAUUCCAAAGACACUAAAGUUGAUGCCAUAUGCACAUACAUCAACAACUCAGCCCUGCCCCCAUUUGAUACAGUGACCUACUACAAGGAGCUGAAAAACCAGACAAACAACUUCACCACACUGGGGAUCUAUACUCUGGAUCCAAAUAGUGUUUAUGUCAAUGAAUACAAUGAGAAGCUGUUAAUCACUACAACAACAGGUCCAAUCCCAACUACACCAAUGACAACAGCCAACACCUUCACCUUGAAUUUCACAAUAACUAAUCUCCCAUACAAUACAGAUAUGGGGACACCAAACACCUCUGCAUUUAAUAGCACUCAGCUCAUCAUAGAUACUUUGCUGGACACUGUGGUAAAUAAUACAAGUCUGAAGGACACUUCUGCUCAGUGUAAAGUUGUGGGCUUGAUGUUGGCCAAUUCCAAAGACACUAAAGUUGAUGCCAUAUGCACAUACAUCAACAACUCAGCCCUGCCCCCAUUUGAUACAGUGACCUACUACAAGGAGCUGAAAAACCAGACAAACAACUUCACCACACUGGGGAUCUAUACUCUGGAUCCAAAUAGUGUUUAUGUCAAUGAAUACAAUGAGAAGCUGUUAAUCACUACAACAACAGGUCCAAUCCCAACUACACCAAUGACAACAGCCAACACCUUCACCUUGAAUUUCACAAUAACUAAUCUCCCAUACAAUACAGAUAUGGGGACACCAAACACCUCUGCAUUUAAUAGCACUCAGCUCAUCAUAGAUACUUUGCUGGACACUGUGGUAAAUAAUACAAGUCUGAAGGACACUUCUGCUCAGUGUAAAGUUGUGGGCUUGAUGUUGGCCAAUUCCAAAGACACUAAAGUUGAUGCCAUAUGCACAUACAUCAACAACUCAGCCCUGCCCCCAUUUGAUACAGUGACCUACUACAAGGAGCUGAAAAACCAGACAAACAACUUCACCACACUGGGGAUCUAUACUCUGGAUCCAAAUAGUGUUUAUGUCAAUGAAUACAAUGAGAAGCUGUUAAUCACUACAACAACAGGUCCAAUCCCAACUACACCAAUGACAACAGCCAACACCUUCACCUUGAAUUUCACAAUAACUAAUCUCCCAUACAAUACAGAUAUGGGGACACCAAACACCUCUGCAUUUAAUAGCACUCAGCUCAUCAUAGAUACUUUGCUGGACACUGUGAUAAAUAAAACAAGUCUGAAGGACACUUCUGCUCAGUGUAAAGUUGUGGGCUUGAUGUUGGCUAGUUCCAAAGAUACUAAAGUUGAUGCCAUAUGCACAUACAUCAACAACUCAGCCCUGCCCCCAUUUGAUACAGUGACAUACUACAAGGAGCUGAAAAACCAGACAAACAACUUCACCAAACUGGGGAUCUAUACUCUGGAUCCAAAUAGUGUUUAUGUCAAUGGUAAGCUGGACACUGUGGUAAAUAAAACAAGUCUGAAGGACACUUCUGCUCAGUGUAAAGUUGUGGGCUUGAUGUUGGCUAAUUCCAAAGAUACUAAAGUUGAUGCCAUAUGCACAUACAUCAACAACUCAGCCCUGCCCCCAUUUGAUACAGUGACCUACUACAAGGAGCUGAAAAACCAGACAAACAACUUCACCAAACUGGGGAUCUAUACUCUGGAUCCAAAUAGUGUUUAUGUCAAUGAAUACAAUGAGAAGCUGAUAAUCACUACAACAACAGGGCCAAUCCCAACUACACCAAUGACAACAGCCAACACCUUCACCUUGAAUUUCACAAUAACUAAUCUCCCAUACACUACAGAUAUGGGUACACCAAACACCUCUGCAUUUAAUAGCACUCAGCUCAUCGUAGAUACUUUGCUGGACACUGUGGUAAAUAAAACAAGUCUGAUGGACACUUCUGCUCAGUGUAAAGUUGUGGGCUUGAUGUUGGCCAAUUCCAAAGACACUAAAGUUGAUGCCAUAUGCACAUACAUCAACAACUCAGCCCUGCCCCCAUUUGAUACAGUGACCUACUACAAGGAGCUGAAAAACCAGACAAACAACUUCACCAAACUGGGGAUCUAUACUCUGGAUCCAAAUAGUGUUUAUGUCAAUGAAUACAAUGAGAAGCUGAUAAUCACUACAACAACAGGGCCAAUCCCAACUACACCAAUGACAACAGCCAACACCUUCACCUUGAAUUUCACAAUAACUAAUCUCCUAUACACUACAGAUAUGGGGACACCAAACACCUCUGCAUUUAAUAGCACUCAGCUCAUCGUAGAUACUUUGCUGGACACUGUGGUAAAUAAAACAAGUCUGAAGGACACUUCUGCUCAGUGUAAAGUUGUGGGCUUGAUGUUGGCUAAUUCCAAAGAUACUAAAGUUGAUGCCAUAUGCACAUACAUCAACAACUCAGCCCUGCCCCCAUUUGAUACAGUGACCUACUACAAGGAGCUGAAAAACCAGACAAACAACUUCACCAAACUGGGGAUCUAUACUCUGGAUCCAAAUAGUGUUUAUGUCAAUGGUAAGGUCAAACGAUUAACCUCCCACAGGUUGGCUAAUUCCAAAGAUACUAAAGUUGAUGCCAUAUGCACAUACAUCAACAACUCAGCCCUGCCCCCAUUUGAUACAGUGACCUACUACAAGGAGCUGAAAAACCAGACAAACAACUUCACCAAACUGGGGAUCUAUACUCUGGAUCCAAAUAGUGUUUAUGUCAAUGAAUACAAUGAGAAGCUGUUAAUCACUACAACAACAGGUCCAAUCCCAACUACACCAAUGACAACAGCCAACACCUUCACCUUGAAUUUCACAAUAACUAAUCUCCCAUACAAUACAGAUAUGGGGACACCAAACACCUCUGCAUUUAAUAGCACUCAGCUCAUCAUAGAUACUUUGCUGGACACUGUGAUAAAUAAAACAAGUCUGAAGGACACUUCUGCUCAGUGUAAAGUUGUGGGCUUGAUGUUGGCUAAUUCCAAAGAUACUAAAGUUGAUGCCAUAUGCACAUACAUCAACAACUCAGCCCUGCCCCCAUUUGAUACAGUGACCUACUACAAGGAGCUGAAAAACCAGACAAACAACUUCACCAAACUGGGGAUCUAUACUCUGGAUCCAAAUAGUGUUUAUGUCAAUGGUAAGGUCACACGAUUAACCUCCCACAGAUGUGGCCACGGCCAUAUAAAUCAUGAUAAUUCACAAUUGCAGGUCAUUUUCCAUGACCAGAGUGCCUGCAGCUGUAUGCAGGUUCAUGAGUAUGCACCUGCUUCCAUUGAGAAUACAUUGUGCCUGGACACUGUGGUAAAUAAAACAAGUCUGAAGGACACUUCUGCUCAGUGUAAAGUUGUGGGCUUGAUGUUGGCUAAUUCCAAAGAUACUAAAGUUGAUACCAUAUGCACAUACAUCAACAACUCAGCCCUGCCCCCAUUUGAUACAGUGACCUACUACAAGGAGCUGAAAAACCAGACAAACAACUUCACCAAACUGGGGAUCUAUACUCUGGAUCCAAAUAGUGUUUAUGUCAAUGAAUACAAUGAGAAGCUUAUAAUCACUACAACAACUGGUAAGUUAACAUCAAAGAAUUAUUUGUUGGCUAAUUCCAAAGAUACUAAAGUUGAUGCCAUAUGCACAUACAUCAACAACUCAGCCCUGCCCCCAUUUGAUACAGUGACCUACUACAAGGAGCUGAAAAACCAGACAAACAACUUCACCAAACUGGGGAUCUAUACUCUGGAUCCAAAUAGUGUUUAUGUCAAUGAAUACAAUGAGAAGCUGAUAAUCACUACAACAACAGGGCCAAUCCCAACUACACCAAUGACAACAGCCAACACCUUCACCUUGAAUUUCACAAUAACUAAUCUCCCAUACACUACAGAUAUGGGGACACCAAACACCUCUGCAUUUAAUAGCACUCAGCUCAUCAUAGAUACUUUGCUGGACACUGUCGUAAAUAAAACAAGUCUGAAGGACUCUUCUGCUCAGUGUAAAGUUGUGAGAUUGACGUUGGCUAAUUCCAAAGACACUAAAGUUGAUGCCAUAUGCACAUACAGCAACAACUUGGCUCUGCCCCCAUUUGAUACAGUGACCUACUACAAGGAGCUGAAAAGCCAGACAAACAAUUCCACCAAACUGGGGAUCUAUACUUUGGAUCCAAAUAGUGUUUAUGUCAAUGGAUACAAUGAGAAGCUGUCAGUUACACCAACCACAAGUCCAAUCCCAACUACACUAAUGACAGCAGUCAACACCUUGACCUUGAAUUUCACAAUAACUAAUCUCCCAUACACUACAGAUAUGGGGACACCAAACACCUCUGCAUUUAAUAGCACUCAGCUCAUCAUAGAUACUUUGCUGGACACUGUGGUAUAUAAAACAAGUCUGAAGGACACUUCUGCUCAGUGUAAAGUUGUGAGAUUGACGUUGGCCAAUUCCAAAGACACUAAAGUUGAUGCCAUAUGCACAUACACCAACAACUUGGCUCUGCUCCCAUUUGAUACAGUGACCUACUACAAGGAGCUGAAAAACCAGACAAACAGCUUCACCAAACUGGGGAUCUAUACUCUGGAUCCAAAUAGUGCUUAUGUCAAUGGGUACAAUGAGAAGCUGUCAAUUACACCAACCACAAGUCCAAUCCCAACCACACCAAUGACAGCAGUCAACACCUUCACCUUGAAUUUCACAAUAACUAAUCUCCCAUACACUACAGAUAUGGGGACACCAAACACCUCUGCAUUUAAUAGCACUCAGCUCAUCAUAGAUACUUUGCUGAAUCCUCUAAUGAAGAACACGACUAUAGGGACUUCAUAUUCAGGGUGUGGAAGCAUAAGCUUCAGCUCAGAAAACAGUGCAGGACACACUAAAGUUAAUGCCAUCUGCAAAUAUGUCAGUAAUACCAGUUCUUCAACAUUUAACAAAGUGGCUUUAUACCAGGAGAUAAGCAAUCGGACCAGCAGCAUUACCAAACUGGGAAUAUAUACCUUGGAUCCCAGCAGUCUAUAUGUUAAUGGAUACAAUGAAGCAGCAACUGUGGAGCCCCCCAUUCAAGCGGUUACAAAAUCUCCAGUAGAAACAUCCAAAUAUGAUUAUAUCACCCUCAACUUUACAAUCACUAACCUGAUUUACACCCCUGACCUUGGUAUAAAAAGCUCUGCAAAGUACAAUACCACCGCUGCAGAUGUCCUAACCUUGGUCAACAAUUUAAUGAAGAAAAGCACAGUCAGCAGCAAUUUGAUCAGCUGUAAUAUUGAUGGCUUUGUAUCUACUGCAACAGGCACUAAAGUGAACUCCAUCUGCAGAAUCACAAACGAUAGAACUCAAACGCAAUUUGAUAAUGUGGCCUUUUACAAUGAACUUUCAAACAUGACUUCAAGUAUUACUAAGCUGGGAAUUUAUACACUGGACUACAACAGUCUUUAUGUUAAUGGUUACAAUAAGGUUACCACUACAACAACUACUCCCACACCUCUGACAACAAUACAAAUGUUUGGGCCAAAGAAUUUCUUUAUUAAUUUCACCAUAACCAACCUUCAAUAUAACAGCAACCUAGCAAAUAAGAGCUCUAACCAGUAUACUACUGUCAAAAGUCUUCUUGACCAGCUGAUGAAUUAUGGUUUCAAGAAUAACUCAGUAACAAAGAACAACUUCAUAAGCUGUGCCAUUACUGGAUUUCGGUCAACUCCCAACAGUGUGUACGCCACUGCAGAAUCUCUCUGCAUUUUUAAUGUUGAUCUUCUGGCCAGGGACUUCUUAGACGAUGAUGUCAAACAGUACUUCUACGACAUAAGCCAAAAUGGCACCAAGUUGGGCAACUAUACUUUGUUACCCUCAAGCAUCCAUGUUAACAUUUACAACUCAGAUGUGUCAACAACUGUAAGCAACAUCAUUAGCACAACAACCAGUGUCAUCACAGUGACUGUCCCUUCUGCUGCAUUGCUCGGCUUUGCCAUCAAUUUCACCAUCACCAACAAUUCUGUACCUGCUGACCCUCAGCAAAGGAAAAUACUAGAGGAUGACAUAGUGGCAAAGAUGAAUGCGCUGUAUGGGAAUAGUACGCUGGCCAAAACGUUUAAAUACUGCCUACUUUCAUCAGUCAGGAAUGGCUCUAUUAUUGCAUCAUGUCAUUGCUACUUUGAAGAUGACCCCACUGUAUAUCAGCAAAGUGUAGAGAAUGAAUUUUACAGUGGGACAAUCAGUGCAAACCUGCUGGGAUCAAAAUAUCCCUUAAAGGACGUUACUGUCACAGAAAUAUCCAGAAAUAAUGACUUACCGUUUUGGGUCAUCAUUCUGAUUUGUCUGGCUGUUCUCUUUGCCUUUGCAUUGCUCUUCCUGGUAAUCUUUUUGCUUAUAUUUUGCUUAAGAAGAAGAAGAAAAGGCUCAUAUCAAGUUCAACAGAGCAUUUACGGAACCUAUUUCCCGCAUUUGGACAGGAGAAAGUUAUACUGAGACAUACACAUAAUAAGAUACCACUUAAGGAAUGAUUUUUUUUCAAAAAUUGUCUAAUGUCAUUGUGUACAUUGGUCACAACAAAGCUAUUAUGCCUAUUUGCACAUGCAAGAUACAUGAGUGGAUAAUAAUAGACUGUGUUGUCAGAUGACAAUAAUACUAGAAAUGUUGUUACUAUAUACUGUACUCAGGACCUUAAGAGGUGAAAUAGCUACUUUCACAACCAUCAGGUCCGCUGGCCGGCCUGACAUAAAUAGUCAGUCGUUUUUAGAAAUUAUUGCACUACUUAAUUUUCUCUCCAUAUGUUAUUAAUUAUAUUAUAUAUGUUAUAUUGUAAGUCAAAAAGCAUAUAUUCAAAGUGGGAUAACUACCUCAUAUAUUUAUGCUUCAUGGUUUGACCACUUCCUCUGCCUUCUAUAAACCAAAAACUGAUCAGAAUUAUUUCACUUGCCUCCUUAAAGAUUGUACAUCUGGUUUACAAUACUCAAGUUCUUCCAGUAUGUAGCCAUUGUUGCAUAUAUUCUUGAUUAUUGUAUGUUUGUUCCUGUCACUUGCUGCUCAUUAACUUAUUGAAGUAUUUCAACUACAGUCAAACCUUGAAUUUACAUCUUCUGGUUUUCACUUUCCAGGACUACAGUAUAUAUGUUUUUGCCUGAUCUCUCUGAACACAUUCCCCAGAUAAAGGAUAUUGUGCUUUAGGCUCACUAUACAGUAUAGUUAAUCAUUUUGUAGUAAUUCAAAAGUACAGAAAUACUGCACAUACGAUUAAAAGAAUUACUGUAUGUUUCAUCAAAUAAGGAUAAAUUAAAUUUUUUAUGUCACGUAUUUAUGUUACUGUAUUGAUUUUAUCAGGGCAAAUCUACCAAGUCAUGACAAUUCACAUGCUAGAAACAUUUUUUAGCACAAUAUAUUUGUCAUUCAUUUCUCUAGAUUUGACAUGACAUUGUCCUGGUCCAUUGAAAAAAAGUAAACUGGGGUUUGACUGCUAUUAAUAUAUGUAUUUUUAUAUCAAAGUAUAUGUUUACAUGUAUAUUAUUUAUAACAAAAUCCAUCCUUUGUGCAAGAAGGAAAUGAAUGUGAAAAUAUAAUAAUAUCUAUCGCAUUAAAUUAUUACAGUACUUAAA